AUGGUUCCUCCGCAGCGGCACAGAGCGGGAGUGCAGCAAAGUUUUUAUGUCUUUCUCUUUAUUUCUCUGGCUCGCUCUUAUAAUAUUGACUUAGAACAUCCUUUGGUGUUCAAAGGACCAAGUUCUAGUUUUUUUGGCUACUCUGUCUUGGAACAUUUUCAUGAAAACACACGCUGGGUCAUAGUGGGAGCACCCAAGGCAAAUUCUUCCUACAGCAGCUCUGUGCGCUCUCCUGGAGCUGUGUUUAAAUGUCGGGUUCACAGUAACCCUGAGCGGCGCUGUACGGAGAUGGAUCUGGGGAGAGGAAACAAACUCAGAGAGUCGUGUGGAAAGACGUGCCAAGGAGACAGAGAUGACGAGUGGAUGGGGGUCAGCUUGGCCCGCCAGAACCGAGCCAACGGCAAAAUACUGGCUUGCGCUCACCGCUGGAAGAACGUCUUCUAUGACAACGAACUCAUCCUUCCACACGGGUACUGCUCCGUCAUUCCUUCGACACUCCAAGAAGGGACGAUACCGCUUAUCCCUUGUUAUGAAGACCAUAAGCACAGGUAUGGGGAAGAGCACGGCUCGUGCCAAGCUGGGAUUGCGGGGGCUUUCACAGAGGAGCUGGUGGUGAUGGGGGCUCCGGGGUCGUAUUAUUGGACCGGGACAGUAAAGGUGUACAAUAUGACUUCUGACACCCUCUACAGCCCAAGCCAAGACAACAUCGACUCACACAGAUUCAGCUACCUUGGUUAUGCUGUGACUGCUGGACACUUCUCUUCUACUAAUGCAAUAGACGUAGCUGCUGGGGCUCCUCAGCACAACAACGUCGGAGAAGUUUACAUUUUUAAACUUGAUGGUGGGUCUCUUGUGAAGACUUUUCAAGCCUCAGGGAAAAUGAUGGGCUCUUACUUUGGCUCCUCAUUGUGUGCAGUUGAUCUGAACCAGGACGGCCUGUCGGACCUGCUGGUGGGGGCACCCAUGCACAGCCAGCUCCGGGAUGAGGGCCAGGUGUCUGUGUACCUCAGCAAGGGCAAUGGGGCGAUGGAGGAGCAUGCAGUUUUGAGUGGCGACAUUGCUUUCAAUGCACACUUUGGAGAGUGCAUCUCAGCCAUUGGAGACAUUGAUGAUGAUGGUUAUCAAGAUGUAGCCAUAGGAGCCCCUAAAGAAGAUGACUAUAGUGGAGCGGUCUAUAUCUACCAUGGAGACUCAACAGGAAUUACCAGAAAAUACUCAAUGAAACUAUCCGGGCGCAGUGUAAGUCCUGGGCUGCAGAUGUUUGGCCAGUCCAUCUCUGGUAAUGUGGACAUGGACAGCAAUGGAUAUGCAGAUGUCACCAUCGGAGCUUUUCUGGCAGACAGUGUGGUUCUGCUGAGGUCGCGGCCUGUCAUUACAGUGGAUGUCUCAAUUAUUCUGCCCGUCUCCAUCAACAUCUCCGUGCCUCAGUGCCACGAAGGACACCAGAACCUGAAUUGCUUCAACAUCACAAUCUGCAUGCGCUUCAGGGGGAGAGAGGUGCCUGGAGAAAUAGAGUUGCUGUACAACCUGACUGCUGAUAUGGAUAAACGACAGAAAAACCAGCCUUCUAGGAUUUAUUUCGCACAAUCGGGGUCUCAGAUCAGCCAAAUGAACCAGCAGCUGAGCCUGGAAUUCAACAGAGAGAAAUGCCAAAGCUACACUGCCUAUGUUAAGAAAGAAGUGAAGGAUGUAUUCACAGCUAUUACAUUCGAGGUGGCGUACAGCCUGGGGAAACAUGUGAUGACGGGACAUCAGCAGCGGGAGCUGCCUGCGCUCACCCCCGUGCUGAGAUGGAGGAAAGGAAACAAGAUUGCUGUCAAGAAUGAGACCUGGUUUGAGAAGAACUGCCUGUCAGAUGACUGUGCUGCAGACCUGAGGCUUCAUGGGAGGCUCCUGCUGUCCGGGCUCUAUAUCAGACCACAUUUGGCUCUUGGCGCAGUCCGAAACGUCUCCUUAAACGUGACUAUCUCCAACGCUGGAGAUGAUGCCUACGACACCAACAUCUACUUCAACUUCUCCAGGGAAGUUUACUACAUCAACUUCUGGCAGAAGGAAGAUAAGGGUAUUUCCUGUGGACUUGUCGAUCUAGACUUCCUCAAAUGCAGUGUGGGAUUUCCCUUUAUGAGAGCUCAAACAAAGUACCAUUUUGCAGUCAUCUUUGACACAAGUCAGGUUUCAGGAGGAAAUGACACAUUGCAGUUCUUAGUUCAAGCAAAAAGUGCCAACCCUGAGCACAAACUUUCCGACAACAGCUUAGACCUGUCCAUCCCUCUGAUCCAUGAGACCGACACCACCAUUACUGGUGUGGUGACCCCAGGCUCCUUUGUAUAUGGAAACUCCAUAGAUGCCUCCCGUUUCGUCCAGUUGGAUGACAUGACGUGCAACUUUCAGCUUCUCAAUUUGACCUUCCAGGCCAUAAACAAGGGGCCCAGUAGGCUGCCAGGCUCUACUGUGGACAUCAGAAUACCCAACAGACUUGUUGCUAAAGGACCAGACAUGUUCCACGUGCUGGAAACCCAAGUGUCAGAUAGUCGAGGGAACUGCACCUUUCACAGGAACCCGACGCCGUGCACCAUCCCCCAGGAAAAAGAAAAUAUCUUCCACUCCAUAUUUGCAUUUUUCACCAAAUCUGGGCGGAAAGUCUUGGAUUGUGAUCGGCCUGGAAGGGCAUGUAUGACUAUCUCCUGCAGUCUGGGUCCACAGCUAAAAGAAGAAGCUUUGAACAUAGAUAUAAAACUUCUACUGAACACAGAAAUUUUACAAAUAGAUAGUUCCUCUGUGCUCCAGUUUGUAACCAGAGGCAACAUCCAAGUAAAUCACAGAGCGAUUGAGGUGCCAAAUGGGCUGCCAGAAGAUAUUUCUCUGGUGUUCGAGGCCCUCCACAAUCAGGAGCCAAGGGGUUACGUCGUAGGCUGGAUCAUCGCUAUCAGUCUCCUUGUGGGAAUUCUCAUCUUUUUGCUGUUGGCUGUGCUACUUUGGAAGAUGGGUUUCUUCCGUCGGCACUACAGAGAGAUCAUCGAAGCUGAAAAGAACCGGAAAGACAGUGAUGAAAGCUGGGACUGGAUGGACAAGGACCAAUGAGACAUUCAAUUGGGGCCCAAGAGGAGCCAGUGAGAUGAGGGUCAAAAAUGAUCCAGUAGCACUUGGAGCCCCGCCGCCUCCGGCGGCACCAGAUUCUUCAAAGUCUUUCAUAUGUGGAAGAGAAGAUUAUUCUCCAUAUUUUCUGGAGACUCUGUUUUUUUCUGCAGAUGGGAUGGGAGGGGUGGUUCAGGGAACAGGCUUCUGUUUUGAAUAUGUGGCUUUAUGAAGGAUACUUGCUGUGGAAAUCAGCAAUUCUGUGAUGAGGGGUCUCCACUUGGCUGGAGCCAAGCUGCAGAUUUUACACCAACGCCUGUAGCGGGGGACAAUGGAGAGGGAAGGAAUAACGGUGGACAACAAAACCCUCAGGGCUGUGUUACAUAGCAAAUUUAUUUUUAUACAUUCACUUUCAAGCCAUAUAAAAAAGUAAGCUUUGAGAGAAAAUUAGCUUUUUAAUGCCAUUAGAAACAUUCUGUGUCUGCAGUCUGUUUUUCCUAAAAGCACUGAUGUUUAAGAAUGAAUGCCUUUGCUCAAAAGCUUUUAAUUUUGUGCCAAAGAUCUGUCCUUGGUAAUAUAUUAGUGGAGUCAUUUGUGUUUUCCGCUCAUUCCUGUUACAGGAACUAGAAGAUUGCUCAAAUCAUUUUCAGUAAAUUGGAAUAUUAUUAAAAAUAUAUAUUUCAGUAAUUAAAUUAAACAAUAAAGCUCCUCUUAAUUACACACAGUGAUAUAUUUAAAGCAUAGUUAACUAUUAGUUUUGAUGAUUUAAUCCCCACUUCUAAUGAAAUGCCAAGAUUCAGGUUCUCAGAAUAUCAAAAUUACAUGAAAUCAGUAAAAAGGAUUUUUUUAAUUAAAAAACAUUACAAAAUUAUGUCAUCAUAAUCAAUAUUGGGGAAACUGCGGACUGGACAGUGGUCAAGCAUACAGUUAUUCUGUUUCUUAGUCCUGAAUUCAAGCUAAUUAAUGGAAAGUUGAAUGGAAGGAAAACAUAGCAGAGAUUGUGGCACAAAUUACAGGGAUGACCACAACCUAGAGAGAUACAGCAUAUCACUGUCCAACAUGGUUUUAUAUAUGAUUUCCACUUUUUGAAUGGAAUUACUGAAAUAAAUAUUUUUUUUUAAAACAUCCUAAUUUAUUGAGAUGCACCUGUAUCUUUUCUUUACCUUUUUUCGGUUUGUGUAAUUUUAUUUCUACACAUCUGGCUGAGUCCUUUUUGGAAAUUAAUCAAAGAAGCUUUAAAGACCAUGGGAGAAAUGUUCAUUAUGUGAUAUUCACUGUAGAGCUUUCAUUUAAAACUUUGUUUAGUCUAUUCUUAUUAAUGUGUAAACAUGCAAAAACGGACUUGUUCUAUCCAAUUGUGAGCAGCAAUCUUCUCUCCUCAGACAUUUUAAUUUAGUUAUAUUUAAAUUGAGCUAAGCUGUUUCUUAAGAAUGCAUUGCAUUUUUCAGGUUAACCCCCCAAAAAAUUAGCUACAGUAUUACAUUUAGGACUCUUGUUAUAAAAGCUGUUUUCUUUUGCUUUUUUCAAAGCUUCUCCAAAUUUUAUUUAAACUAUAAGAUGAUGGAUUUUCAGAACUCUAUUCAGGGCUGUUCUAUCUACAGUUGUUUACAGUGAGUUGGCCGACAGCACGAGUAAUGUUUGAAAAUACAUGGGACUUGGCUGCACUCAGCCACCAAAUAGAAACAAGCUCUUUGGGACUAAUGGGAAUAACUUUACUCAUGAUGAAAGCAUAAAAGGGUGUACUAGCUUUUAGACACAAAAGCACGUUUAAAUUGAAGAUUAACAGGUCAAGUGCAGCAUGCUUUUUAAACAGUAUGGUUCUUAGUAAAAUCUGGAGAUUUGCAUUUCUACACAUUUAAAUAGCCUAUUGUAAGAAAACAUUAAAAAGAAGGCUUUUUCAAUUUCUUAAAUUUGAAAGUUAAAAGAAAAAAUACCAUAUAAAUAUAUAUAGAAAACACCAGAUUUACAUUUAAUGUGCAAUUCUUGAGAUCACUAGCAUUACUUAACCUGCUCAGACUUUAGCUCUAAGCCACUUUAUAGCUACGUAUGGCUGUUUCACACUUAUUGUGCAGAAUAUUUUGUCACUAUUGAGUUUCACUGGCAUUAGAGCAGCAUAUACUGUACACCUUCACGUCUUCCCUCUGCACCAGUGUUUAAGAUGCAAAGCUUCAUUUAUGAAAUCAUUUAAGAAAUCGACACUUGACUUUUUUGUUGUUGUUGUUGUUUUGUUUUUGUAAAAGUCUGACUGUGAUGAUUCAGUGUUGGAUGCCUUUGUUAAUCUCACCAAUGUUUGGACUUUUGUUCUGAGUGUACUACUGUCAGUGAGUAUCCUUUCCAUUAUAGUUUGCUGUACCUUUGAUGUUUAAAUUCAUGUCUGAGCUGUAUAUUUAUCUAUUGAUAAAUUUCAGUGUGAAAUAUCCAA